GUGGCACGGGUUACUGAUCUGGACCCAUGCAGACAUGAAUAAAAGCCUGAUUCAGAUCCUUGGCUUCUUGAUCUCGACCCUAGGUUGGCUUUUUGUGUGCUGCACAAUGGCAAUGGACUUCUGGAGGAUUAUAUCUAUAGGUGGCCAAGGUGGCUCCUGGAUCAUCAAGGCAGCAACGUACUGGUCCAACCUGUGGCGGGACUGCUACACCGACACCGCAGCAAUCACCAACUGCAGAGAUUACGACGUGCUAUGGUCUGUCACACCAUAUGUCCAGGGCACCAGAGGGUUGCUGAUGGUGGGCAUGGGUUUUGGAUUUUUCGCUGCCAUAUUUUGCUUUAUUGGUAUGGAAUGCACCUACAUCGGGGGAAAGGAGAACGCUAAAGACAAACUGGUUUUCACUGGGGCCAUUUUCCAUUUUGUUGGUGGUAUUUCAGACAUCGCUGGUUAUUGCUUAUACGUAAACAAUGUAGCCAGAACUACGUUUUCUCAGUCUUUGGAAAGAGGUAUACUAAGGUAUGGCAUUGGGACGCCAAUAUUUCUUGGUUUGGUGGGCAGCUUUUUCAUCAUCCUUGGUGCCUGUCUGUAUGCAGUCACUGUGUACCGAGUCCUCUUCCCCAAAAGGGUGGUGUAUGCCUUAGCUCCGCGGACAUACAUGGCCCCUCAGACCUACGGGGGCUCCAGGAACAGAACACCCUACUAUGGGCCUUCAUACUACGCUCCACCAAGACAAUUACAAUCAUCGAGAUCUACUAGCAAGAUCUCCAGGGUAUCAAGGAUUAGCCAAGUAACUGAGGAUAGAUUAGAAAGAGAUGCAUUUGUAUGA